AUGGGUCUGGUUUCCAAAAUCCUGAGAAUCGCCAGGAUCGUGCCCAGGCCAUCUCCGGAGAAACUUGAAUAUAGCAAAUGGAACAAGGACAAACUCAUUGAUAGAAUCAUGGAUCUAGAGGGAGAAAGAAAGCGAAAGGCCGACGAGGGAACCGGAGAGAGCGAAGCAAAGGUUUCGAAAAAACGCAAAACUGACAAAGGGGAGCUAAAAAAGCGUAAAAAAAAGGACAAGCCUUUCGACUUCUCGAAAUACAACACUAGAUUUAUAGCUCUGAAGUUCGCGUAUCUUGGAUGGAACUACAAUGGUCUCGCAAUACAGAAAGAGCCAACCCCAUUGCCCACUGUCGAAGGAACUAUUUUGCAAGCUAUGAAUGCAUGCAAGCUAGUUCCUUCUAUGACCCCACAGGAUUACAACUUCAGUAGAUGUGGUAGAACCGAUAAAGGUGUCAGUGCAAUGAACCAAGUUAUUUCUUUGAAAGUGAGAUCGAACUUGACGAAUGAGCAGCAACUAGACGAGAGCCUUGAUAAAAAGGAGAUAAAUUAUGUUCACAUUUUAAAUCAGAUACUGCCCGACGAUAUUCGUGUGUCCGCAGUGUGUCUGCGACCACCUAAAGGCUUUGACGCAAGAUUCAGCUGUCAGCAUCGUCACUACAGGUAUUUGUUCCGCGGUGACGACCUUAAUAUCGAAGAGAUGAAGAGGUCAGCAUCUUUGUUUGAAGGAGAGCAUGACUUUAGAAACUUUUGUAAACUCGACGGCUCCAAGCAAAUCACGAACUAUAAGAGAACAAUAAAACACUCGUCCAUUAUUAAAAUAAACGAAACUAUGUUUUGCUUCGAUCUGAUCGGUUCAGCAUUCUUGUGGCAUCAAGUGCGGUGCAUGAUGGCUAAUCUCUUUUUAGUUGGUCAGGGACUGGAGAAAGUUUCUCUGAUUAGCGACAUGCUGGAUAUUGAGAAGGUAAAACAAAAGCCAAUCUAUGACAUGGCUAGUGACAUACCCUUGAUUCUUUACGACUGCAGCUUCCCAGAAAUGCAAUGGAUUUCGACUGAUCAAUCCGACUUCAAAGCUCUGCAGUCUAACAGAAGAGUUUUCUCGCUCGCCUUGGACUACAAAUUGAAGUCCACUGUUGCUGAUAUUUUCGCCGACACACUUUCGGUGGACCAAAGUGACUUAGGGGGCAGAACAAGAAUCAAUCUUGGCGAUGGGAAAGGCAAGGUAGUUACAACCUACGAAGCUAUGCUACAAAGAAACUUCAUGGAUUCCGUGGACACUGUAAACGAGAAAUUCAAGAAGAGGAAAGCUUCCAAGCGGGGAAGUGUUAUCAGCUAG